UCCUGGUGGAAGGUUCACAUGUCGACCCAGUCUGUCGGUCCGUGGUCGAGAAUAUAAACUCGUGAGAGCUCAUUGAGAUAGUAUUGUUCCAUACUCGGAUGUUUCUCCUUUGAUUCAUAUUCUCAAGCUUCGACUCAAAUCCAACAUGCUGACGUCAACAUCUCUCGUCUCUUCCAUUCGGCGGCCGUCCAGGGACACAGCAGCAGCAGAUGCCAUUCCAAUUCUAGUGGACAAUGAAUACCACCUGUUCCACUUGACGACACCUCCUUCAACUGUCCAUCAUCCCGAAAGAUUGAGAUCCUCAUGGUCACACCUCCGCUCCAAAUGCCUCACUCAGUGGCAGCGAAAUGAAGAAUUUGCUCUCUCGCCAGGAAAGAGUCCGCAGUCCCCCGAUGCAGACGGUGUUUGGACGGGAUCCGCAAUCACAGGCCCUGACGGCAACAUGCACAUAUUCUACACAGGUUAUAAUCUUUCCGAGAAUGGCAAGCAAGUCAUCAUUCAUGCGACUUCCGAAGAUCGAUUGGGCUCCCGGUUCACCAAGUCAGCGGACCCAAUUAACAUCACAUCUGAUAGCUCCAACCGAGCAGCGUUCGAGGACAUAGACUUCAGAGAUCCGUACGUCCUUUACAACGAGGAAGAGAAGCUGUACUGGAUGAUUCUUGGGACGAGACUGGCGAGUGGAUCACACUGGACACGAGGAUGCCUCGCAUUGCUCACUUCGAAAGACCUGCAAGCAUGGACUUUAGAACCAGAUCCAUUCUAUGCUCCAAACGACAUGAUGUGUCCUGAAUGUCCAGAGCUCUUUUCGCUGCCCAACGGAAAAUGGUAUCUCGUCUACUCGAGAUUCACCACACCUAACGCAGGAAUCGUAUAUCGUGUUGCUGAUUCCCCACGUGGGCCGUUCCGAACACCCAGAGAUGGUUCAGGAGGCAGACUCGACGGACGGAGGUGGUACGCUGCAAAGUCAUGCCCGAAAGCUCAUGACCUUUCGAGGAGAAUCUUCUUUGGGUGGAUAGCUGAUCAGUGCGUGGAGGACGGAAAGUGGUCAUGGGGUGGGGAUAUGGCGAUGCCCAGAGAGGUGAGAGCGAAAGAAGAUGGAAGCCUGGUCAUCAGCCCUGUAGAAGCAACUCUUGACCAUGUGUUCUCAGCAUUGCCGUCAUUUGACAUCCCCAAGAUAGAGCUCGAGGCUAUUGGAGGAACCAUGACAAAGAUUCUUGACAAAGUCAAAUGCGAGCGGCCGUACAUGAUUACCUUCGACGUCGUGUCAUCCUCUGCAGCAUCCUUUGGGCUCGUCUUUGAUGUUGACAGUGAUCUGAAAGGAUGCUAUCUACGUUUCGUGCCAACUUUCAAUGGGAGAUGCACAGUCUCGUUGGCCAUGGCGCCGGCUCCUCUCGACGACUUCUGGGCAGAUCAGUACCAACUCUACCUUCCAAGGGCAGUGGAUGGUCCAGAGAUAGUGAAGCAUGAAAAUGUUGAGGCAAAUAAGACUGUCACCAUUUUGAGAUCUGGAGACACAUUGGAGGUCUUCGUCGGAGGGAGAUCACUCAGUUAUAGAAUACUAGCAUCGGACGCUGCAUCGCGAAAGGGUAACGGCGUAGUUCGAGAUGUUGGAGUGUUUGUGGAAGAUGGAAUCGUUCAGUAUUCGGACUUCAGAGUGACAGAGGGGAUGGAUUAUUGAUCGGCGAUAUGCUCCGCGGGGUAGAAAUGACAUUCUCUGUUGGCAAUUCAAUGUAGAUUCUUCGUUCUCCAC